AUGGCUCACCACCUGCACCUCCGCAACUCAAGUCAUGUCGCCAGCUUUGAUACCAAGCACCCCAGAGCCUUGCACAAUUUUCCCGAUACAAUCUUCUCCCCUAUGUGGAAUCGAUACCUGACAGAUAUGCCCUACGAACCACCGAAUCUAUCAUCUAAGACCUUGUAUUCCAGGUUGAGCUUGGCAUGGAAGCGGUGGGCAUACUCCCUCUUCUCCGAGACGCAAAGUGCAGAGCUCGAAUAUGAACGAGUAGCCAAACAUGGUAAGGAGGGCUCGGGCGUCAUUUGGGGUCCGUGGCCUGCAAAACUGGGCGAUGAUGUAGUAGGAAGGAGUAGUAGGAAGGAGUGCGGUUGA